AUUAUUCGCAUUUUGUGAAAUUCAUAAAUCGAGGGUCUCUUUUAUAAUGGACGAUACAAACAAGCCGGACCCGGUGCUACAGAAAGUACCAUUGAUCAAAAGCCCCUUGUUCCAACCCCCCAAACCAGUGACCUUAAAUGCCAACUACUCGAAACUAAUCUCCAGUCUAUCAUCCACCGUCAAACCUCCAAAGCUUAACGUGUCCAAACAGGACCUACAGGGAUGGAUCUCUGAAAUUGAGUCCCUCAAACCUGACUUCGAUAACCUGUCACCUACCAACAUAGCCCAGAUAAAAGAGUAUAAAGAGUGGCUUCAUCAGCAGAAGCUAAAAGUGGCUCCCGGCUUUGAUUCAACCGUGUUGACCCCCGGAGUGCGUGACAGCGGCAGCACCAACUCGAAGAACGCAGAGCCGCCAACAAACGAACUUGAUAAAGUGUUCAGCCACCUAAACUUAUAGAGACAGAAUGAGUACAUAGAGACAAAUAUGGUCCAUAGCAUAACCUAAUACCAAAUCAUUGGGUGGAAAGGCAUCCCUCUAUCCUCU